AUGGCAUCGUGGAGUUGCUUGAGAUUCUCGGAAUUUGUAGAGAAAGACUCCAAGCUUUCUGACACCGUCAAUAGAGGCCUACUAAAGUGUAGCCUGCGACCAAUAGUUCUAAGGAAUUUAUUUGGUGAGCCUGAAGAAGUCUUGGAAGCGACUCAAGCAGCCGAGUUUCAGAAAUGUGGCUGA